GGGACUUGUUGUAAGAUGGCGCCCAGAGAGGUGUGUGUGUGUAAGAAAGAAGAAAACAUGCAAAUAUGAUUAUAUUUUGAGUAAUUGCAACCGACCACGCCACAGAGCAAGACAACAAUACUAUUUUUGUUCAUUUUAACUCGAUCGUACACGACAAUUGGUGUCUAAAGUGUAAACAGAGGGAGAAGAACAAAACGAACAGGCCUGGAAACAGAGACAGGUGUGCACUGUUUGGCUAGCCAGCCAGGAGAGGAGGGGCCAUGAACAACUCCAUGGAGGGCUCGGUGUCGUUCGAGGAGCUGGUGCGUGUGAAGGCGCGCAGUGUCCCCCAGCACCGAAUGAAGGAAUUCCUGGAGUCUCUGGCCAACAAGGGGCCCGAAGCGCUGCAGGAGUUCGGCCAGCAGGGCGGCGACAACAACACCAUGGUGUACCAGCAGGGAGCCAACUGCAUCUACACAGACAGCACAGAAGUGGCAGGCUCUCUUCUGGAGCUGGCGUGCCCGGUUCAGGUGCAGGUGCAGCAGUCACCGCAGCAACAGCAGCAGCAGCAGCAGCAGCAGGUGGUGUCCUCGGCGCAGUCCCAGGUAACCCAGGUAACAGCCGCACAGAUGUCCCCGCAGCUCACCACAGCCAUGCAGCAGGCCAACGAGCAGCAGAUCCAAGUCCAGGUGCAGAUUCAGGGUCAGCAGGCUCAGAUAGGACAGGUGCUGCAGGUGCCUUCUCCCUCCCAGCAGCAGUUGCAGGGGGUUGCCACAGCAACACAGCUCAUCCAGCAUGAGAUCACAGAGGAGCAGCACCAACAGAUCCAGGCCCAGUUGGUGGCAGCUGUGGCUGGAGGGCAGCAGAUCCAGAUCCAGACGGUAGGGGCCCUCUCUGAUGCUCAGGUCCAGGCUCAGGGCUCUCCACGUGGGGAUGCUGACCGGAGGACCCUGGGGGUCCCCAGCACGGCUACGUCAGCCGCUGGGGUUCUCCAGCCGGCCAAGAAGCGCAAGGUGGACUUGCCCAUCACUGUCUCGUACGCGUUACCGGGGCAACAGUUGGCCACGGUGCUGGCUAUCCCUCAGGGACAGCAGCAAAGCUACGUAUCCCUGCGGCCGGACCUGCUGACUGUGGACAGCACACACCUGUACAGCGCCACUGGCACCAUCACCAGCCCUACAGGCGAGACGUGGACCAUCCCAGUGUACUCAGCGCCAGCCCAGCAACAGGGCAUCACCCACAUCGCCAUCCCCCAGGACGCCUACGGCACCACCGCCCUCCAGGUAGCCACGUCCGCCGACGACAAGGACAAGCAGCUCAAGAUGGCCGUGGCCAGCGUCACGGCGGGAGCGGCGCAGAUGGCGCCCGUCUCCACGGCGACCGUCUCGGGCAUGGUGGCGGGUCAGGAGGAGGCCGUGCAGACACUGGCCAACACGCUGUUCCCGGCGCAGUUCAUGAACGGCAACAUCCACAUCCCGGUGGCCGUGCAGACGGUGACUGGACCCUACUCCAACGCCACGCAGUCGCUGCAGAUCUGGGACCCGCAGCAGCAGCACAUCGUCCAGGCGCAGGGCGGAGCGGUUCAGGACCAACAGCUGCAGACUGUGACAGUGUCGGAGGUGGAGGCCCAGUCCCAGGCGCCGCCGGAGAUGCUGCUGCCCAACUCCCUGAAGCCCGAGGAAGGGCUGGAGGUGUGGCGGCUCUGGGCCCAGCGCAAGAACGCCGAGCUGGACAAGGAGCAGGCCUCCAAACUAGCACCAAUCGGACGCCGGCAGCCCCUGCGGUUCCAGGAGGACCUGGUGUCGAGUGCGGUAGCGGAGCUGAACGUGGCGCUGGCGCUCAUGACGGAAGAGGCGCGGGGCCUGGAGGGAGAGAGCUACGAGGCCGACGUGCUCUACUACGUCUUCCUGUGUAUACAGAAGUAUCUGUUUGAAAAUGGGCGAGUAGAUGACGUGUUUUCGGACCCAUAUUACGCACGCUUCCAUCAGUGGCUACACCGGAUACUGGAGCCAUGGAAACCUAGCAUACAUCCUCUAAGCUACAUUAUUCCCAGUCACGUCACAGAGGAGAUGCUGUGGGAGUGUAAACAGCUGGGAGCGCACUCCCCCUCCACACUACUCACCACCCUCAUGUUCUUCAACACCAAGUAUUUCCAGCUGAAGACAGUAGAUCAGCACAUGAAGGUGGCCUUCUCCAAAGUGCUCCGACACACUAAGAAAAACCCGUCCAACCCUAAAGACAAGAGCACCAGCAUCCGCUACCUGAAGGGGGCUGGCCCGCACCAUCUGGGACAGAAAGUGACUGAUGACAUGUACGCGGAGCAAUCUGAACACCCGGAGAAUCCACUGCGCUGUCCGAUCAAGCUCUAUGACUUCUACCUCUUCAAGUGUCCUCAGAGUGCGAAGGGACGGAACGACACGUUCUACCUGACCCCCGAGCCCGUGGUGGCUCCCAACAGCCCCAUCUGGUACUCGGCACAGCCCAUCCCUCGCCAGCAGGUGGAGCAGAUGCUGGCCCGGAUCCUUGUUGUGCGCGAGAUCCAGGAAGCCGUCGCCAUGACUGCAACCACCAUCCAGUAGGGCCUGUUGGGAGGAAGGGAGAGACGGACCAGCGUGACCUCGAUCAGCUGUCUCCCUCACUGUGUGUGUGUGUGUCUGUCUGUCUCACCCUAUCUCUCUAUUUUGUCUGUUCAACUUGUCUCUGUCUGUUUCUUUAAAGUCUUUCUGUAUUCUCUUCUUACUCUACGCCUUCCUGUUUGCUGCUUUCUCUGUGUUUUCAGACAAACUCUUUGCCAAAAGACUGUAUUUGACUGCAGAAACAUAUGGUGGAAGAGUGGCCUUUCUCAUUUCAUGUGCCACUAUACUGUUUCUCCUUUUAAAAUGUUGUCAUUUUUAUUACUUUGACAUUUUGUACGACUUCUUUGCCUUGUGACCACUGCGCUGACACAAACCACAUAUACGCUCAGCUGGAUUUGGUCGUGCUUGAAUACCCACCCGCGCGCGCGCGCUUCUUUUUCACUACAUCUGUAUUUUUUACUGUGCUCUUAUUUAUUUUUUUACACCCAUCUGUUAAUCACAUCUCCACUCUGUCUCUCCUAUUUGAAAUGGAUGUACAGCUGUAGCCUUGUGCUGCAUUAGCUAGUUUGCAGAAGUGUAUACAAAUACUGAAAAAGUGGAUGCAAGUGUAUACAAACACAUACACACACACUUGGGUUCAUUUCGUGACACGGCUGCUGGGAAGCAAGAACUUUUUUUUAUCUCCAGAUGCCAUGGGACAGACUGGAUGAUUGCCAUGGACACAGCACCUUUCCCCUCUUGGUGUAGUUUAAUUUUGAUUGUAAUGAACGGUAGAAUGAACACUAUGGGCUAUUGCUGCCUGCCACCUCCCUUGGAGAACCAUGUGAACCUCAACACCUCCAAUAUGGAUAGUGACUCCACAAAGGCUGCUUUUUGGUGAAGAGGCCACUAGGGGGAGCUCUAGCACAUAAGCAAAGUGCAAAAGGAGGAAGGAAAUGACACAGCUAGUGUCUUCAAAAUGAAGAUACUAACACAUACACUAAAACACACACACUGAUAAAGCCUAAACCAUGGACUAUGUACACACCACCUCUGCCAUUCACCCCUUUGGACUCUUAAGCGGGGGACUGUACUGUAUCAUCAUUUGUGUAUCAUACAUGAUUACCGUAAUUAUACAUUACAUAAAAACCGCCUGUUCAGAUUUA